UCCUUGGCAAGUGAGCAAGUAAGCGUGCGCUUUGUGGUGUAUCCCUCGUUUAAGUUUUCAACGUGUGUGCAGUUGCCCUAAUCGCCGGCUAACGAUGUCACAAAUGGGCAGUUUGAAUGCUGUGCGGAUCCUCAAAGGUGAGGCCGAAGAGGAAAAGGCGGAGACGGCACGGCUGUCCUCAUUCGUGGGUGCAAUCGCGAUUGGCGACCUGAUGAAGAGCACACUGGGACCCAAGGGGAUGGAUAAGAUCCUGAUGUGCCAGGGACGCCAGGAGGGAAAAGUUGAGGUGACCAACGACGGGGCCACCAUCCUCAAGGCAGUAGGUGUUGACAACCCAGCUGCCAAGAUCCUCGUCGACAUCUCGAAGGUGCAAGACGACGAGGUGGGCGACGGGACGACCUCCGUGGCGGUGCUGGCGGCCGAGCUGCUCAAGGAAGCUGAGAACCUGGUCAGCAUGAAGAUCCACCCACAGACAAUCAUUGCAGGGUGGCGCCAGGCCACAGCGGUCGCUCGACAGGCCCUGGAAUCUUUUGCAGAGGACCACAGUGCCGACGAGGCUCGUUUCCGGGAGGACAUACUGAACAUAGCCCGCACAACACUGGGCUCCAAGAUCCUGGCGCAGCACAAGGAGUUCUUCGCCCAGCUGGCCUUUGAUGCCGUCAUGCGGCUGAAAGGCUCGGGCAACCUGGACGCCAUUCAGAUCCUCAAACGGCUGGGCAGCAACCUCACCGACUCCUUCCUGGCCGAGGGCUUCCUUCUGGACAAGAAGCCCGGUGUACACCAGCCGAAGAGGGUGGAGAAGGCCCGCAUCCUCAUCGCCAACACGCCCAUGGACGCCGACAAGGUCAAGAUCUUCGGAAGUCGCGUGCGGGUCGAGUCGAUGGCGCAGAUCGCUGACAUGGAGCUGGCUGAAAAGAUCAAGAUGAAGGAAAAGGUGGACCAAAUCCUGAAGCACAACAUCAACGUAUUCAUCAACCGCCAGCUUAUCUACAACUAUCCGGAGCAGCUGUUUGCUGACGCUGGUGUAAUGGCCAUCGAACACGCCGACUUUGAUGGCAUUGAGCGCCUUGCCCUUGUCACAGGUGGCGAGAUCGUGUCCACAUUUAACACUCCCGAGCUGGUGCGCCUGGGCACUUGUGACCUCAUCGAGGAGGUGAUGAUUGGCGAGGACAAGCUGCUGAAGUUCUCAGGCGUGCCCCUGGGUGAGGCCUGCACCGUAGUGCUGCGUGGUGCCACCCAGCAGAUCCUGGACGAGGCCGAGCGGUCGCUGCACGACGCCCUCUGCGUACUCUCUCAGGUUGUCAAGGACAAGCGUGUGGUGUUCGGAGGUGGUAGCUCGGAGAUGCUCAUGUCGGCGGCAGUGGGCAAGCUGGCCGAGUCCACUGCUGGCAAGGAGUCCCUCGCCAUCGAGGCUUUUGCCAGGGCGCUGAGAAAGAUCCCCACUAUAAUCGCCGACAAUGCUGGUUUUGACAGUGCCCAGCUAGUCUCGGAGCUGCGGGCAGCUCACUCGGAGGGCAAGAAGACUGCGGGCAUCAACAUGACGGAGGCCAAGGUGGACGACAUGGCCAAGCUUGGUGUGACGGAGGCCUUUGUUGUGAAGCGACAGGUCCUGCUCAGUGCAUCCGAAGCGGCCGAGAUGAUCCUGCGGGUCGACAACAUCAUCAAGGCAGCACCUCGCCAACGUCACCCUGACAGGAGCCACUGAGAAAAGCAUGCUGUUUUCCUUUUUUUUUUUCUUUGCACCGUGCGUAACUUAAACACGAACCGAAGAUGGUUGUUUUUGUAAGCUUGUUUCUCUGUUUCAGUCGUUUUUUUUGGUUUCUUAGCUGUCAUCUCUUGUAAUAAAAAUGAACUGCUUCAU